GAGAAAGAGGGAAAAAGCAAAGCGAACACGAGGUAAUCCUCUCUCUCAUGCCAGCCCAGCAACUUUCUCUGUCUAAACAGUAAUCCUCUGUUAUAUAUCCUUCCACAUCCCUGCAAUGCACCCAGCAUCGUCUGUUAUAUAUCCUUCCACAUCCCUGCAAUGCACCCAGCAUCGUAGAGAGAGAAAGAGAGUUGUUAGAGAGAGAAAGAGAGUGUUAGGGAGAGCAAGGAUCAAUGGCGAUGGCUGAUGGGAAGGGGAAGCUAGAGAGAUACAACUCGUAUAUUAGAAAGAUGAACAGCAGCAAGGCGCUUGCUGCCUCAUCGAAGCUGCUAUUUAGAGCUUCGAUUUUGAUCGCACUCUUCCUUGUGUUCUUCCUCACUCUAACUUCCUAUCCGACAGAGGUGAGGAGAAGGCUUUCCUCCACCUCUUCUUUUGGGGCCGCCUCUGCUCGAUGGGGCGGUCCGUUGUGGGAGAAGCAGGUGCGCCAUUCCUCGACUCCUCGGCGCCCAAAUGGGUUCUCAGUUUUGGUUACAGGGGCUGCUGGUUUUGUUGGAUCUCACUCUUCUCUCGCUCUAAAAAAGAGAGGGGAUGGGGUUCUUGGGCUCGAUAACUUCAAUGACUACUACGAUCCGAGCUUGAAGCGCGCCCGUCAAGCAUUGUUAGCAAAGCAGUCGAUCUUCAUUGUGGACGGCGACAUCAACAACGCCUACCUCCUCGCAAAGCUCUUCGACGUCGUGCCCUUCUCUCACGUCCUCCACCUCGCGGCCCAGGCUGGUGUUCGCUAUGCCCUCCAGAAUCCCUCGUCGUACGUACACUCCAAUGUCGCCGGCCUCGUCUCUCUCUUUGAGGCCUCACGCCAAGCCUCUCCUCAGCCUGCCAUCGUUUGGGCCUCCUCGUCUUCGGUCUAUGGGCUCAAUGAGAAGGCACCGUUCUCUGAAGUUGAUCGGACCGACAGGCCGGCGAGUCUGUACGCGGCGACAAAGAAGUCGGGGGAGGCCAUCGCCCACGCCUAUAAUCAUAUUUAUGGCCUCUCUCUCACUGCGUUGCGCUUCUUCACGGUGUAUGGGCCUUGGGGGAGGCCCGACAUGGCCUAUUUCUCCUUUACCAAGGAUAUAUUGCAGGGCAAGGCCAUCACCAUCUUCGAGCGAGCCGACGGGCAGGAUGUGGCCCGCGACUUCACGUACAUUGAUGAUAUAGUCCGCGGAUGCAUCGGCGCCCUCGACACCGCCCAGCGCAGCACUGGCAGCGGUGGCCGCAAGCGAGGCCCCGCCCAGCUCCGUGUUUACAAUCUCGGCAACACAUCCCCUGUCACAGUGAAGGGAUUGGUGGGCAUUUUGGAGGGACUCUUGGGGUUGACGGCCAAGAAAAAUGUAGUGAGGAUGCCCGGAAACGGCGACGUGCCGUUCACGCACGCGAAUGUCAGCUCAUCGGUGAGGGAUUUCGGGUAUAGACCCACCACUGAUUUGGCCACAGGACUGAGGAAGUUUGUGAAGUGGUAUGUCAAUUACUAUGGCAUUAAGAUCACCAAGGGAGAUGCUGCCUCCUCUUCUUCUUCUUCUAGGUAUAGUAGCUGAGAAAUCUAUCUCCUCUCUUUCUUACUGGGUCUUUUCCAUAUUUGUGCAGCUGAGAAAUCUAUCUCCUCUCUCUCUCUUUCCUCCAUUUUUUUGCCUUCCACUUCUAUAAUUUUGGUUCUCCUCUUCGUACAGCUGAAAGACCCCUCUCUCUCUCUAUAACCCAGUUGGGUUUUCCCUUUUCUCUCUCUCUUCUCCACCCAUUUGGUCCAACACUAGAGAAAUGUUUCUCUCUCUCAUGACCUCAUCUUCGCUUUUAUCCUACCACGGUUGAGAAAUCAAUCUCUCUCUCUCUCUCUCUCUCUCAUUGGUUACAGUUGAUUAGUCUUUCUGAUAAUUGGUGCAAAGUUCCCCCUCUCUAUCCUUCAAUUGGGUCCUUUUGUUCUUGGGGUUGUUUAUUAUUUUGAUUGUUAAAUGUUCUUGGUUGUUCAAAGUUCAGAGUAGUGCCAUAAAAAUCUGUGGAUAAAAAGAAGCAGAUAGAAAGAAAAUGUAAAAAUGCAGGCGGCCUAGUCCUCACAGAAUGCGUGUGGAGCCGCUCUCCUCCAUAAGUUGUAAAAGAGGGAAAGCCCGGUUGAUUGUCAUAUGAUACAUAAAUUAAAUCAUAAAAGAGGCAAAUCCUUUCUCUA